CCGGUUUCAGUUGAUGAACUUUUGUAAAGACAUCAUACGUCGCAUCAAUUUUGAACUUUAUCCCAAUAAUUUUGUUUGUCGUCUUGAUCGUGCUUUUUGUCUCGAUGAGGAAAAUCGAAUCAAUUACAUGAAGUUAUUUGAUGAUUCUUAUGUUUAGUGUAGAUCGUCUUUUUCCUUAAUAGAAAUGUGGCAGAAGUUAUUUUUCGUGUGGAUCAUUGUUUUAAUUUUUAAUAUAUCGGCAGAAGAAGUUGGAGAUACCUGUGUACCUAAUAAUGAACUAGUGGAUGGUGUUUGUACAGUGGUUACAGACUGUGAGGUGGCUGUGAGUGCGUUGAGAAAGCAAAAUUACCAUACGUUUCAAAGAUGUGGAUUCAGCGGCGAUGAUGAAGUAGUUUGCUGUCCUCGCACAACGGAAAAGUUCGGGACAGGUGCAGAUAAAGGGAAAAUAAAUGAACGGAAAGCUGAACAAGAAUGCAAAAAAUUCAACAAAACCUUAGUACCAUUAAAUUUACACAUCAUUGAAGGAGAAGUGGCAUCUCUUGGAGAAUUUCCACAUAUGGUGGCUCUUGGUUUUGAUCGGGGUAACGGAUACCAGUUCGACUGCGGUGGGGCUUUAAUAUCGGCAUCGUACGUGCUAACUGCUGCACACUGCAUUAUUAAUUUGGAGAGAGUGGAGCCAACGAUAAUCCGUGCUGGAGUGGUACAACUAGGCGGCAACACUUUUGACGAUAAGACCGACUACAGGAUAGCUCAGAGUUACGUCUACCCUAAUUAUUCGCGAAGUUUGAAAUAUCACGAUAUCGCACUGUUAAGAUUACAGAGGCCGGUGGAGAUCUCUAGCACGUUGAACGCAGCAUGCUUGUACACGAGCGAUGCUGAUCCCGACGCUCCCGUCACUGUCACAGGCUGGGGAAGGACCAGUACUACACAAAACUUGAAGAGUGACAUACUAUUAAAAGCGACAAUAUCCUCCGUGAGUAGGAACCAAUGUGCGCCGCAUUACAACGCGUGGCGUAAAUUGCCGCGCGGCAUCAUACCCGAACAGUUAUGUGCCGUCGAUCCCGACGGCAAUAGUGAUGCCUGCCAGGGCGACUCGGGCGGUCCACUGCAGGUGUCUACGAGCGAGGACUCUCGAUACAGCGUGGUGGGCGUGACGUCAUUCGGCAGCGGCUGCGGCAGCGCCACGCCCGGUGUCUACACGCGCGUCUCUCGUUACCUCGACUGGAUCGAAAAUAUAGUCUGGCCGAAUUAA